AUGGAGGUCGGUGGUAUGGCUGAGGAACACGAUUGUCCCAGCACUCUGCAGAUGGAAAGCAAUUCAGAAAAUAAUGAUGCAUCUGUGAAUCAAACCGAACCAGAAAGAAGAUUCAUCGAUGGAAAAUGGUUUUGCGAGGAUGGUAACGGUGGUUUUUUGGUGUUUGAGAAGGAUGAGUGGAUCGCAGCUAAUGGCGAUGAUUUGAAGAAAAAAUGGGAUACAGCUGGCACGAUUGGUGGGAUUAAUGGUAAUCCAUAUCGUUGUGUUGUUGAUGGUAUUGCUAUGGAGUGGAAUCAGAUCAGUCAGCAGUGGUUACCAGCAGUCGAAGUAAACGAAGACUUUUUGGCCCAGUAUCAUAGUAAUUAUGGUAUCAAAUAUGAUUUUGGCGAACAAGAAGGGUCAAGCAUGGAAGGAAAAAAUGAAAAAUCUGAAGAUCAUAAACAUGGGAAGCACAAAAUGUUCGACAAAAAGGAACAGCAAGGUUGUUGGGUAGAACUUGAAGAAGAAAGAAAUACGUCAGUCUAUGUUUCAAAUCUGCCACUCAGUAUAACUGAAGAAUCAUUUAUAGAGUUGAUGAGUAAGUGCGGUGUAAUACAGCGGGAUGCAAGGACUAACAAACCAAAAAUAAAACUCUACAGGAAUGAUGAUGGCACGUUUAAAGGAGAUGGCAGGUGCUGCUAUAUAAAAAGAGAAUCAGUCAUCAUGGCUUUGGAUAUUCUCGAUGGUUGGAAUGUGGACGGUAAAAUUAUUUCGGUCGAAAAAGCAAAGUUCCAAAUGAAAGGAGAAUUUGAUCCAUCGAAAAAGAAAAAGAAACUCACAGCAGCCGAGAAGAAGCGUUUCAUUGAAAGUCAGGAGAGAAUCUUUGAGUGGAAACCGGAAAAACCACGAAACUACCGUCCAAUCAGUGACUGCACAAUUGUUAUGAAAAACAUGUUCACAUUAGAGCAAAUGAUGAGAAAUGCAACUUUGUUGCUGGACUUGGAAGAAGAGCUUAGAAAAGUUUGCGAGAGAUUUGGAACUGUCAAAAAAGUCGUCGUUCACGAUAUUUAUCACUGGAAAACAUUAUUCGUGCGGUUGACUUGGCCAGAUUUAGUUCAGUGGUUUUCCUGUGCGUUCACUCAAUGGUCGCAUAGUAGAUGGUCGACAAAUUUCAGUAACACUGUGGGACGGGAAAACAAAAUACACAGUAGUGGAAACUGA